AUGAAUGAAAAUAAGAAUAAUAUUGAAACUCACAGAGAAGGAUCAGCCAAAGACAAACGAGAAGAAAAGGAUGUAAUAUUAGCUGAAGAUAAUAAUGUAGUUGAGGUCCCGAGUUGUUUGAACACUUUAAUGGUCGAAGAACCACCACAAUCGGAUGAUAGUUCAAGUUAUAGUAUGACGUUGAGUGAGUUUGAAGAAGACAGAUGGUAUAAUCCAACAUCUUUAUCUGAUGACGCAGCUGAAAUAGAAAGCAUCCAGAGAUUGAUUAAAUACAUACAUGUGGGCAAUCAAACAGCUACGGCAAUCGCAUUGGCUGCAUUAGUAGACUACAAUCUACGAGACGAAUCAACGCAAAGUAUUGUGAUUGCUACUGGUGGAACCGAGCUUCUGAUCAAUUUAUUAGAAACUGAACACAACGAAUGCAAACACGGUGCUCUGGCUAUACUAAAUGAAAUGUCAUUUUUGUUGGGCACUAGAAGAAAUUUGACGAAUUUGGGUGCUAUUCCGAUUUUAGUUAAACUAUUGGCAGACCGAUCAAUUGACUUACAAAUUCUCUCGGCCGAGACUCUAGCUAACGUGGCGAAAAUAAGAAAGGGCAGAAAAUUCAUUCGCAAAGCCGGUGGUAUUAAAUUAAUGGUGAACUACAUGGAUGUACCUCUUCAAGUGCUGAAAACUGAAAGUGAAAUGCUACCAGCAAUUCAACAAAAAUCAUUCAGCUUGUUGCGUAACUGUUCAAAAGCAUUAUGGUUUAUGUCUAAAUCGGAUAAAAAUAAAGAUGUGAUGCGACAAUCCGGAAUCAUACCGGUAUUGGCAAAACUAUUGACCUCAGUGCACGAGGAUGUUGUCAGUUAUAUUAUGGGAAUUAUCGUUAAUUGUGCAACACAGCCGGUUUUUCGUACAGCUAUCAAGGAACAAGGUAUGUUGGUAGACACAUUAAAACUGUUAAAAAGUUCAGAAAUCGAAAUGAUGGAGAACGCGGCUACGAUAACGUUCAAUUGUGCUGAGGACCCCGAAAGCAGAAGAAUGAUCAAAGAACUGGGGGGCCUAAAUUCCUUGGUAAAUAUCGUUAAAGUGGAAUCGCACAGGACUGAAACGAAAUUAAUGGUAUCCGCGACCGGUGCAAUUUGGAAAUGUCUAAUGAACCAGGACAACGUAAAACGUUUAGAAGAUAUAAACGGUAUACAUGUCUUGGUAAAACUAUUGGACUCUGAUAGCGAAGAAGUCGUUGCAAACACAGUGGCAUCGUUGGCGGAAUGCACUAAAAUUGGACGAAAUAAAGUCGCACUUAGAGCUGCAGACGGUUUGAUUCCCAUCAUAAGACUAUUGCAAGAUACCGGUCACGAGAGGAUUCUCGUAAAUGUAUGCCGCGUGAUCGACAACUGCGCGUCCGACCCGCAAUGCAUGGAACAAGUGAUAAACAACGAUGGUAUACGUCUAGUAUGGUCUAUGAUGAAAUGCGAUUCGACCAUUGUUCAAUCCACAGCGGGACAUACGUUGGUCACGUUGCUUAGAAAUACAAAGGAGUCCAGUGAUAUAAUGCGUUCUCUGGUAACUGGAUUGGUAAUGCUAGUCGAUUUAUUAAAAUCGCACGACACCAGAGUUCUGGCGGCUGCGUGCGCCGUCAUCGGGAUUUUAGCCAAGAAAUCGGAAAAUUUGGCGAUCCUCACCGAUUACGAUAUUGUUCAGAGGCUGUCUAGUUUAGUGCACACGAACAACGCGGACCUCCAAGCCCAUUUAUCACGUGCCAUUGGCUCGUGCUGCUUGUUGGAACGAAAUUGUCACACGUUCGGCCGACUAGACGUGGUGCUGCCCAUCUCCAAAUAUAUACAUUCUAAUUCCCAAUUAGUCAAAGAAAACGUAACGUUUGCCUUGCAUGGCCUGUCCGGAGACGCAGCUAAUUGCGUGGCUAUGGAAUCGUGCGGUGUCGUUCCCUUUUUGAUGGAAACUAUUGCAUCGCGAGAUCCUGAUGUGCAGGAAGCUUCAGCUGGAUGUUUGGCUAAUAUUCGAAAGAUCGCUUUAAAUGCUCGAAGAUUGAAAUAACAACAAAUUAUUAUGACCCAAAGAAACUAAAUAUUUAUGUAUAAGACCCAAGAAAUCAUAA